UCGUCUGCCCCGCCCUCAUGCCAGCGCAGAGCGCGGAAGACAAGGCCGCCGCGCCCACCAACGGGCACGCAAAGGCCCAGCGCACAUGCCUUGGCCCCCCUCCGCUCCCGAACCCCUCGACUGGCAGCGCGAACCCUUCUGCAUCCCUACACUCGCUCUGGGGAUACUUGGAGCCCGCCUUGGACCACAUCAUGCGCACGCCCACCAACAAUCUCAACAAGGCCCCCGCAAUCGAGGUCGGCUACCACAUGGGAGUGCAUACUGCUGUCUACAAUUACUUCACUACGCACUCCGAGGCGUCCCCCGCCCACGGACUCGCUGGCUUCACCCGCCUCACAUCGUCCACGCAGAGCGAGAAGGCGAAGGCGAGUGGUACAGAUCUCUACGACCAGCUCGACCGCUACUACACCGAGGUCGCGCGCGAGAUCUUCCUCGGCGCUCCCACCGACGACUCUACCCUCAUACACUACCUUGUCCCCUGCUUCAACCGUUACUCCGCGGGCGCGCAGUCCGUCAGCCGUCUGCUCAACUACGUGAACCGACACUACGUCAAGCGCGCGGUGGACGAGGACCGCGGCUGGCUCAGGCUCGCGGACGUGCUCGAUGCGGUCGCGAAGACGAUCCGCGAGGACGACACGCGGGAGAAGGUGCAGAGGCGUCUUCGGGAGCGUAGGACAGAGGAGCUGAAGAAGUGGGGAUAUCGCGAGGGCGAUCCACCGGCGCGCCUCGCGCAGAUCGAGUCGUAUGCGGAGGCGGCGAGCCCGCCAGAUCGCGUCGUGCCGCUGGCUGCGACUGCGUAUCGGAGAUUCAGGACGGAGGUUAUGGACCCGCUGCUAGCUGUACCGAAGAUCAAGGGGAAAGGGGGGAAGAAGAGGAAGCCUCCAACGAAUGGGGACAAACCGCUGAUGCCGCGAGGGAGACUGGCGCGAGCAGUGAAGGCACUGUUAGAGUCGAAAGGUGGUGACGAAGAGGAGAGACGACGUUUGGCGGCGGACCUCGCCAUCGCGCUGCGCACGGUGGGCAUCAAGGUGGAUCACCCGUUGCGUAAGAAGUUGGACAAGUUUCUGCCACCUGAGGACCGUUGAACGUGCCCGUCGCGAGUGAAGAACCUUGCCGGGAUCGCGCCGUUGUACGCUGUUUGCGUUGAUUACGGGUUACUCUCACACCAUACAACCUGUCCCCCUUCUUUCUGCCCGCUGUUUCUCGCACUACUCAC